GUUUCUCAUUUUGACCUUAUCAUUAUGGCGGCUCAAUGUUGUCUGAAGUCACUUCCUCUAAAAGGCCUGAAAUAACUGGCCUUAAAGUACAGUCUGCUGAGCAAAAUCAGUCAAAGCAGAUUCAUUUAUUCGCUUAGAUAAGGAUGGCAGACCAGGACGGUGACGGCAAUCUCCAGGACGUCCGAGAAGAGUUGGAUGAAUCUGAGGAUGAAGAAGAGGGUGAUGAAGAGAGGAAUGUUGGGUGGCAUGAGCAGGAAGAGCUGGACUGGUCUGAGGAUGAUGGGUCUGAUUUAGAGUCCAUCUCAGACACUCCAGCAGAACGCAGUGGUCACAUCGCAGUGGUUGACAGAAACUGCAUAUAUGUCUGGGGAGGAUAUAAGAAUGCUGAAGCACCUGGGUUCUUUGACUUGUACUUACCAAGGCAUGAAAUUUGGAUCUACAACAUGGAAACUGGAAGAUGGAGAAGGCAGAUGUCAGGAGGAGAUCUCCCUAACCCAAUGUCGGGCAGCUGCGGUGUAUGUGUGGAAGGCAUUCUGUAUCUCUUUGGAGGCCAUCAUGCUAGAGGAAAUACUAAUUUGGUUUAUCGUCUGCCUCUGAGAGCUUCUUACUUGCAUUGGGAGAGGAUGAAGGACCUUAAGGGUUUGGCCCCCACAUGUAAAGACAAACUAGGUUGUUGGGUGUAUAUGAACAGGCUGGUGUAUUUUGGGGGCUAUGGCUAUGAGGCAGAAGCAGACCAUCGAGGAACGUUUGAAUUAGAUGAAAAUUCGCUUAUGGGUAACCACCAAGGACGGGGCUGGAACAAUCAUGUUCACAUUCUUAACCUUGAAACGUCAUCCUGGAGUCAACCCAUUACAAAGGUUUAUAAAUCACAAUCGUUGAUUCAUUUGCAUGCUACACAGGGAAAUGCUCCGACACCACGCGCAGCCCAUGCUUGUGCUACUAUGGGAAACAGAGGUUAUGUUUUUGGAGGUCGAUAUAUGGAUCAUCGGCUAAAUGACCUCUACUAUAUUAACAUGGACACCUGGGAAUGGACUGAAAUGUCAGUACCUCAGCAUGGCCCAGUUGGCCGCUCAUGGCACUCUUUCAUACCGGUGUCAUCAGAUCACAUCUUCCUGUUCGGUGGCUUCACAACUAAUCGAGAAACAUUAAGUGAUGCCUGGCUGUACUGUGAAACCACAAACGAGUGGAAGCAGCUUAAACACAACCACAAGAAAAGUCCAAGGAAGACUUUGGCACACCGCAUGCUUAGGUCUAGAUGGAGAAGUGUUUGUAUUUGGGGGCUGUGCUAAUAAUCUUCUCUCAAAUCAGCAAGCAUCCCAUAGCAAUGAGCUACUCAUUUUCACAGUUCAGCCAAAGUCCCUGCUUAGGUAAGUGUCUAGCACAGGCUAUUACAUAAUUCCAAUAUAUUAUUGCUCUGUGGCCAGAGGUGUUGCUUUUGUGUGUGUGUUUAUGCAUAGGUGCUGUACAGAGGUUGUUGUGCAACACAGACAUCAGCUUGAGAGCAUGUUUGACUGCUUGCCCAAACAUCUCCUACACAGCCUCCAGCAGAGAUUCAGUUCAUCCACUUAGCUUACUGAAAUGUGAAUGUAUGAGGUUCUAAGAGCAAUAAUGGGAAUCUGUGGCACAGCUCCAGUGCUCCUGUGCUUAACCACAAAGAGGCUUGUUUGAGAAGAAUGCUCAGACACAGAUGCUGUUUGGAGGGAUUAAAGGCCCCUUCUAUUCCAAAAUCAAAGAUUGUAUUGUAGUUGUUUGGUAAAACUUGUACAUUCAAAAUAAAAUGUAUGAUUUUACAUGGUUUAUUGGAGCUGCCAUAUAAAGAGCUGUAUCACUCCUGA